AUGGCGCUUCGCACCGCGUUGCUGUCUGCUAUGGCGCUGAUCGGCCGGCUGGAUGCGAUUGGAGUCACCUUUCCUGCGUACCAGGACAUUUUUUGCACCCGAACAUGCCGGGAGGACGCCUUGGAUUUGUUCGUAAAUUUGGUGAUAUUCUUGAACCAAAAGUUCACGGCGGAGCUGUGUGCUCCCGGGCGUGCUGAAGAGACAACGCCCGGGACGCUCUAUGCUCACGAAAGUGCCCAGCACUUGUACUUCGAGCAGGAGCUGUGCGACUUAGGACAGGUUGUUCGGUCGUGGUUCGAGCCGCCAGACGACGAGAGCGCAUGCCCCUGCAGCUGGCACGCGCAGUCUCUCCGAGACCUGCUGGUCACAGGUGGUGCUGCUGCCAGGUCCUCAAACCAGGAAACUUCCGACAAGGUGACACCAGUUGACGCAGAUAGAAGGAUGAUCCCGAACAUCGUCGAUCCGACCUACACCGGAGCGCUGCCCGUCAGACGUCUUGUUGAUUCCUUUCUUUGCCGCCGCCUCACAGGUCGGCUCGCGCCGAUGAAGUUGCACAUCAACAUCUCCAUCGCUUUCUAUGAAGUAGCUGCUGCGUCAGUGGAUGCAUGGACGGUCCUUCCGCUGCAGGAUGUCAGCAACGCCUCUGACCCACUGGACGCGCUUGCGAACUCAGGCCGGGCGCGGGCAGCAUUCUACAAGAGUGAUACUGCGAGGGGCGCCUGGGCAAACGAGCAUGGUCACGAUAGCAACUCGGUCCAGCACUACUCGACGUUUCUUUGCGAGGACCCCGCUUUGCAAGUCAGCGAGAUCCGCCUGCACGUGUUCGCGUCCGGGCAUGGCUGCGAGGAGUUUUGGUACACCAACGUUCCGGGCCCCGAUGUGCCUGCUGGGACAUGCGGCGGUGGUGCCUAUCGCGAGCUUCUAGACGGCGUUUUGGCUGGAGCUGUGCUGCCUUUCCCGGUCAUCUACACGGGAGGUAUCCUUUCCUUCGACAUUCCGCCCUACGACUUCGAUCUGACGCCUUUUGCCGGCUGGCUUUUGGAUGGGGCGGCGCACAACGUCACCGUGCAGGUUUGGGGUAACAACCCCCAGGGCACUUGGUUUCUCGAUCCCGUGCUCUUGCUGCGCGGCGCGCCGCAAAAUGAGUCCAUCGCGGGCGGCCGCAUCCGGAAGCUUCCGGGCGCUGCGCCAAAUGUGUCUGAGCAGGUUCACAAGGAGUCGAACACCUCCAGCUCCGCGGUUGAAAUGGGUUGA